AAAUGUUUAGGUGAUGUCUCGGAACACAGGAUACAUGCUUCGUACGUCUGUCGUGUAGUACAGGUAUUUGCAGCUUCCCCAACCUAUUUGAUCUCUUUCAUGCCGAUGUCAGUACUCAGUGGCAGGACUCGAUUGCCAGUCGAAAACUGAAAAGGUUCUUGCGACAUUGCGUGGGCGUUGAAACUUGAACGUUUGCUGUCAAAAAUGUCGAAAUACUUUGGAUUCAGCGUUUUGGGUAGUGAUGUUGAUUUGGAUGAUAUGCAUUUAAAAAGAAAGCCUGAAAAACAGUCUAAAGCUGAAACACCGCCUCCUGCUCCUGCUAAGAAAACUAGUGCCAAGCCUAAAGCUAAUAAGAAAGCUAAAGAAGUUCAAUCGUUGCAAGCAUUGGCCUUUGGUGAUAGCAAACCUAAGAAAAAAUCAGCUGGGGCAAGUCAAAAUGCUUCCAAGGCCAGCAAAGCAGCAGCUGCUGAUAAAAAGAAGUCAAAUAACAUGUGCAAUGGUGCAGGAGUGGAGGAUGGCAACAAGGCUCUCUCUGAGGACUGGCAAUCAAGAGACCAAAAGUACGUAGAAGAGGUCCAUGAAAAGGAGUUGAGGGAAGCUCUAAUGCUCUCUAAAUUAGAUUAUGAAGCUAACAGAAUUGCUCCUGAUGCGGCUGAGCAACAACCAAGAGAAAAUUCCAAGACCAAAAAGAAGAAAAAAGAUAAGCCGGUCACCAUAUCACUUUCGGAAUUCAAUUCUUUGAAUGACAAGAAGAGCGAGGCCAAGAGACCUCAGAACGGGGUGGUGGAAUCCACCAAAAAGUCUGCUACUUCCAAGGCUGAGACCCCCAAGAGUGAUAAUUUCUUCUCUGAUCUUGACAGUUCUGUUCGUAAUACCAUUGCAAAUGAAGCAAGACAGAAGAAAUACGCUGAACAUCUUGCUAAACAGAGGGCUGCCCAACCAUCCAACACUGGCUCGGUGCUCGUGCCCAUAAGCGAGGUGGAGAAGCGUGACUUUGAGAUCCAGGCGCUGCGGCUCGAGGUUGAGAGUCUAAAAGACUCGCUCGAGAAAGUCAAGCUCAGGAAUAAGAAACUUUGCGAGGUGCUCGGUGCUGCGGAGAUGCGCACGGUUGGAGAGAUCGUCGUCGAGUUGGAGAAAGUAUCUCGAGCUCGCGACGAGUUGAGCGCUGAAGUCGCCAAACUCAGCGAACAGCUCGAGCAGGAGAAGACCAAAGUCUCGCAAUUGCAGGAAAAGACUCGCAAAAAGUGAUAAGGUGUUGGAGGUUAGACUUCGACGAUAUUCCGUUGUCCAAUCUACAACUUUGAAGUUGACACGGUGAUUUAUUUGAGGAUUUUUGAGUUAUAUUGGUAACGAAUAUUUUUUCUUCCUUAUGGUGCAGCAUUAAAACAUUUCGUUCUUCAUAAAGGUUGCUAAAGCAGUAGCUGAAUAUUGUGUGCCAGAGCCGAUAAAUACCUGUGAUAAUCUUUGCAAAUGUUCUAAUUUUACCUGAAGCAAUGAAUGAGUUGAACAAUGGUCUAAUGUUUA